AUGCUCUCUAGUAUCCGCAUUGCAGAUGUCGUGCUGCUCUUCCUGACCAUCCAGACCACGCAGGCCGGCCCAGUAAGACGUGGUGGGAGUUACUCUCGGAGGGACUGGAACACAACCUACAGUUCGAGUAUUGCUGCCUCAUCAGAGAGUCUAUCACCUUCAGCGUACGGCCCCGCCACCUUUCUCGUUUCUCAGAAGCAACACUUACACAAAUUCAGAGAACCAAGCACUUCCGCUGCCCCGCGGGUAACACAGCAAGACCAGGAUGGGACAACGCCGACCCCCAUCUUCGUCACCCUCGACGGCCCAUCAACAAGAACCCCGGCCGCAACACAACCCAUAGACCAGAGUCCUUCCGCGACACCAGUCGAGUCUACCACAAAGUCCCAGACAUUACCGACCACAAACUCGGCGGUUUUUCUGCCUCCUAUAGACAGCACAAUCUCCUUGCCGCCCUACCUCACAUCUGGCUUCCGAAAUGCGUCGUCACUUUCACCUGGGAGCACCGCCUCGGCUUCAGCCAGUGUCCCUGAGAGCCUGACAGUCACCCCACAUCUCGGGGGACCAUCAGGUGCUUCGUCUUCCACUUCCCUUGGAUCAUCGCUGCAGUCGUCUCUUUCAUUCUUGUUCCCCGUUCCAGGAGAAACCUCGGUGGCAGCGCCGACAACUACGGCUGAAGUAACUCAUUCACCUCUCGCUUCCACCAUAGCCAGCGCGGCAUCAACGAAUAUUCCAGCUCCCCAACCCUCUCCAGAGACAGAUGCCCCUUCCUCCCUGCCAACAACUCUUCGCUCCACCACAGCCGGCCCCCCUGCGUCAACACCUCAAGUUCACGUCACCGGAACGCCAAACAACCAAGUGCCCACUAUCCGCACGUCCACUCCAGCCGCCUCAGCAACCGUAUCCCCAGCCGUCGCAGCCAACAACCUCGCCUCCGCCAAGACCUUCAACGACCUCUUCGCCUCCCUGACUGAGCAGUCCGCCUGCACCACCGGCCAGAUCGCCUGCAUCAAAGGCCAUGUCGGCAUCUGCGGGUCUGCCGGCGCGUUUGCGAUGCAAAGGUGCGGAGCGGGGACGUCGUGCUUUGCGCUGCCGAUGACUACGACCGAGGGCGUCAUCGUCGGAUGCUAUGAUCCCCAAGUCGCAAGUCAGAUCCUUGGGACGCCGGUCUCUGUGUCAGCCUCGGCACCGGGCUCGACGUCUACGACUGCGGUUCCGGCGCCGCCAACGGCAUCUUCCAAGCUCGGACCCGAGAUCACGGUGACGAUCACGCCGACCGUCAUUGCGACGUAUACCAUCUCCGUCACCGCACCGGGUUUUCCGGGAACGACCUCCGCAGCUCAGGGCCCUGGUUUCACAACCACCGUAGUCGUCACUCAGACCGUCGCACCCGCUCCCGUACCGUCUACAUCGACAGCAACCGGAGGAGGAGAUCCAGCCACGACAUCGACCUCCGUCCGCAAGACGCGCACCUCAACGGCAGAUGAAGAGACCUCAAAGACUGGAGGCUCCAGCACAACCAAGUCCACCACAGCAGAGUCGUCGAUAGUUGAAACCACGACGACGAAAGCAGCCAGUUCAAAAUCAACAAUAACAACAACCCCGGCAAGCACCCCCGCAACGGCGACUGGGACUCUGACGGACACCCUCAUUGUAGACCCUAUUCCGACAGAUGCACCCACCGCCGCGGACGUGCCGAGCCCAGUCACGACACUGAAACCCCUGUCAAUGCCGCCCGCCGGCAACUCGCAGGGCGCGUCCGUCUUGACGGUGUUUGUGACUGUCACGCAGAAAGAGAGGGAAACUAUCACUGUCACUGUGACUAGGGGCUGA